AUGGCCUCGGCGCUGUACCACGAGGAGUUCGCCCGGGCCGGCCAGCGGGCGGGGCUGCAGGUCUGGAGGGUCGAGAAGCUGGAGCUCGUGCCGGUGCCCGAGGGCGCUUACGGCGACUUCUACGUCGGGGAUGCCUACCUGGUGCUGCACACGGCCGAGGCGAGACGGGGCUUCACCUACCGCCUGCACUUCUGGCUGGGAAAAGAGUGUACUCAGGAUGAAUACACAGCUGCUGCCAUCUUUACUGUUCAGAUGGAUGACUAUUUGGGUGGCAAGCCGGUGCAGAGUAGAGAACUCCAAGGCUAUGAAUCUACUGACUUUGUUGGCUAUUUCAAAGGAGGACUGAAAUACAAGGCUGGAGGUGUGGCAUCUGGGCUAAAUCAUGUUCUCACAAAUGACUUGUCCGCUCAGAGGCUCCUGCAUGUGAAGGGCCGGAGAGUGGUCAGGGCCACAGAAGUUCCCCUUAGCUGGGACAGUUUCAACAAGGGUGACUGCUUCAUCAUUGACCUUGGCACGGAAAUUUAUCAGUGGUGUGGUUCCUCGUGCAACAAAUAUGAGCGUCUGAAGGCAAGCCAGGUUGCCAUUGGCAUUCGGGACAAUGAAAGGAAAGGAAGAUCACAGCUAAUUGUGGUGGAAGAUGGAAGUGAACCAUCCGUGCUCCAAAAGGUUUUAGGGACAAAGCCAGAGCUUAGGGAUGGAGAUGAUGAUGAUGACACCAUAGCAGACAUAACCAACAGGAAAAUGGCCAAACUCUACAUGGUUUCAGAUGCCACUGGAUCCAUGAGAGUGACCAUGGUGGCAGAAGAAAACCCCUUCUCCAUGGCAAUGCUGCUUUCUGAAGAAUGCUUUAUUUUGGACCACGGUGCUGCAAAACAAAUUUUCGUAUGGAAAGGUAAAGAUGCUAAUCCACAGGAGAGAAAGGCUGCAAUGAAGACAGCUGAAGAAUUCCUAAAGCAAAUGAAUUAUUCCACCAAUACCCAAAUUCAAGUUCUUCCAGAAGGAGGGGAAACACCAAUCUUCAAACAGUUCUUUAAGGACUGGAGGGAUAAAGAUCAGAGUGAUGGCUUCGGGAAAGUAUACGUCACUGAGAAAGUGGCUCGUAUAAAACAAAUUCCAUUUGAUGCCUCAAAACUACAUAGUUCUCCACAGAUGGCAGCCCAGCACAAUAUGGUGGAUGAUGGUUCUGGCGAAGUGGAGAUUUGGCGUGUAGAAAAUAAUGGUAGGAUUGAAAUUGACCGGAACUCGUAUGGUGAAUUCUAUGGUGGAGACUGCUACAUUAUACUCUACACUUAUCCCAGAGGACAGAUCAUCUACACAUGGCAGGGAGCAAAUGCCACAAGAGAUGAGCUGACGACAUCUGCCUUCCUGACUGUUCAGCUGGACAGGUCACUCGGAGGACAGGCUGUGCAGAUCCGAGUCUCCCAAGGCAAAGAGCCUGCUCACCUGCUGAGUUUGUUCAAAGACAAACCACUCAUUACUUACAAGAAUGGAACAUCAAAGAAAGGAGGUCAGGCACCGGCUCCCCCUACACGCCUCUUUCAAGUCCGGAGAAACCUGGCAUCUAUCACCAGAAUCAUGGAGGUAGAUGUUGAUGCACAUUCCUUGAAUUCCAAUGAUGUUUUUGUCUUGAAACUGCGGCAAAACAAUGGCUACGUCUGGAUAGGAAAAGGCGCUAGCCGGGAAGAGGAGAAAGGAGCAGAGUAUAUAGCAAGUGUCCUCAAAUGCAAAACCACAAGGAUUUCGGAAGGCAAGGAGCCAGAGGAGUUCUGGAAUUCCCUUGGAGGGAAGAAGGAAUACCAGAUCUCUCCACUACUAGAAACCCAGGCAGAAGACCAUCCACCCCGGCUUUACGGCUGCUCUAACAAAACUGGAAGAUUCAUUAUUGAAGAAGUUCCGGGAGAGUUCACCCAGGAUGAUUUGGCAGAAGAUGAUGUCAUGUUACUGGAUGCUUGGGAACAGAUUUUUAUUUGGGUUGGCAAAGAUGCCAAUGAAGUCGAGAGAACAGAAUCUCUGAAGUCUGCUAAAAUGUACCUUGAGACAGACCCUUCUGGAAGAGACAGGAGGACCCCAAUUGUCAUCGUAAAACAGGGCCACGAGCCACCCACAUUCACAGGCUGGUUCCUGGGCUGGGACUCCCACCGGUGGUAAACUGGUUUUUGUAGGAAGAACCACACAAAUGUUAUGGCGCAACUGUCCUAUUGCUGUUUGGGGGGAAGGAAGGUUUUCUUGCUUGUUGGACUUUAGAAAGUUAACCUCAGCCAUAUGGCUGUUUUUUUCAUACCUAAUGUUAGCUUGAAAUUCUUCUUAAAUUUUCUUUUAAAAAAUUUUCUUUUUAAAAAUAAGAAUUUUCUUUUGUUAGUAUUUUUAAAUAACCUCAAGUAAACUUUUGUUAUGGACCAAUAGUAGCUCUGCUGGAAACUGGGAUUCAUAUCUUUUUAUAUGACCUUUUAAAAGUGGAAAUUUAUGCAUAAUCUAGGGGAGUUUAUCAGGGAAUUUUAUAAAUCAGGAGCCAUUAGCCAAACUUUUUCUUUAAUAUGCCAGAGAAGUAAGCCUUAAUGCCUUUGAAGUUAUUCUCCUAUGUGUUGUGUUCAAAAGGAUUAUAUAUUUGUGGUGAGGUUGAUGUUAAGGGGGGUUUAGGGUUUGUUGUUAUUUUUCUUCUUCAGCCAAUAUGACUCUGACACCAUUAACUCCCAACUGUCAUUUCUUAAGAGUAAGAAUUACCAUUUUUUCCUUUUUAAAAACCUUUGAAAUCACAGCUUUUUCAUGACAAAAUAAUUGUAUCCUUAUCUGCUUAGAUAUAUGUAUUUGACAGUACUUGUUUAAUACUACAAAGGCUAUGUACAAAAAAAUUCAUUAAGUUUGUCUUUCAUCAUUAAAAUACACCUCUUUUUGAAAAGGU